GAUGCCUACACAAAAUUAUCACCCAAGCUUAAAAUGGCAACUAUCGAAGAUGAUUUUUCAAGAAAAGCAAGCUUGUCAUCUCCACAAUCUCGACAAGGUGCGACCGAGAUGGAUGUUGCUGGACAAGUUAAGACAGCAAGAGUUCCUGUUCGGUUGUAUGUUUGGAGUAUAAAUCAAGAUUUCGAGAAUCUUGAAGAUGUACCUGAGAUCGAUACAUGGGAUGACAUCUCCUACCUAAAUCGCCCUGUUGAAUUCCUCAGAGAAGAAGGGAAAUGCUUUACCUUACGCAAUGUCAUUGAAAGUCUCCUCCCAGAGUUUAUUGGAGACAAAGCUCAAACGAGUGGAGAAGAAAGAAGCAACGAUGACGAUACAGAAGAAGCAGAUGGGUUGCUGCGGGAGAUGGGUGAAAUCAAACUGGCAAGGAUCCAAGGGAUAGAAAUGAAACUAGAGAUACCGUUUUCGUGGGUGGUAAAUAACUUGAUGAACCCAGAAUUCUAUCUCCAUAUCUCUGUUCUUGUGAAAGCUCCUCAAAGGUGAAAGUAAGGAGGUUCUCGGUGAAUUGAUCAAAAACUUGUUUUCUGGUUCGGUCUUGCAAAGCCAAAAGAAUCAAUGAUUUGUUUAUAUACAGCUACUUUCUGAUGGAAGUAGAACUCAGAAUACAGAAAGAAAGAAA